AUGGCUACGAAUAGUCCCACAACAAUAACUGAAUCAGAUGCUGAUACAGAUUAUAAAGUAGCAGAAAAUAACGUUGCACAAGACGAAUAUGACGAUGAACGAACAAUUGAUGAAGAAGAACAAAAUCAAACAAUGUCAGCUGAAGAUAUUCAAAGUGAACUGGCAGAACUACAAGCCGAAAGUGAAAUGCCAAUUAGUGAAUUAUUGAAAUUAUAUAGUUUUGUACCAAAUACCACCUCGAAUCGUGUACAACGAAAUUUGGAUGAAUCGUCCAUGUCGUCUACAGAUGAAAGUACAUCAACUAGUCAUGAUGCUGAAUAUCAAAAUUUAUUAACAAAUAAUACAACUGGUCAGUUAUGGAAAGUAAAUAAACAUUCUGUCAUUCUCACACAAAAUUUAAUGAAAAAUCAAAAAAUUUCUUAUUUAGGCACAUCGGAUGGAAAUGAUGAAGAAGAUACGGAUCCAUCAUAUUCAUUAGAGUGGCAAAAAUCGAUAAGUGUUGGAGAUCAAUUUCAAGCACUUGUUCCAGAACUUACAGCAAAUAAUAGUAACACAUCAAUCGACAAAGAUCAGACUGACAUUUUUGGCCAAUUACUAUGGUCUCCCAGUAAUAUCGAUGAUGCAUUAAUAGAUCAGUAUCUUAAAGAGGCUUGUAAAGAAUUUCCAACAGCUGAUCAGGAAGUGGCAUUAGAAAUAUUUAUGUCGUGUUCAUACGAGUUAGAUCAAGCUUUAGAAAAAUUUCGCGUAUCAAACAAAAAUAUUUUUUCUAUGACACCGUGGUCUAUAAAUGAAUGUGAUUUGUUUGAAAAAUGUUUUAAAGAAUAUGGCAAAGAUUUCUAUAAAAUGCAUUUAUUUAAAUUGACAAAUCGUAGUGUACGUGAGUUAGUUAAUUUUUACUAUAUUUGGAAAAAAACGGAGCGACAUGAUAUAUUUGUACAAAAAAAUCCAGUGGAAAAACGACGUUUUCAUCUUCAUCCAUUCGUAACUGAUUAUCUUGAGAAAUUUCUUGAUGAACAAGAACAACAAUUGAUGAAUACUCACGAUAAUGGCGGAGUGACAUCAUCCAAUUCCUUGCUAUCGGCUGAUAUAAAACGACGUUCACCCUUGCCUAAUUCAAUAGCGUCAAUCACAUCACCUGACAAACGCCCAAAUGAGACUAUUGAAAUAUCCAUGAAUAAACGACGUUGUACAGUGGAACAUGAGAAUAGUUCAAUUUUGACAAAAAAUAAUAAUACAUUGCCAGCUGUUUUACUGGAUACAUUUGUUCCUUCUCAAGAGAAUGGAGGUGAAAAACAGACUAAAGUAAAAAAAAGUGUUAAAACAACAACAUCAAUUGUCGUUACGAAAGAGACUGUUGCACCAUCAAAUGAUGAUGUGUUAGCACAACCAACGUCAAACAUUCCCAAUACUAUUAUUCAAGAGCCAAAUCAAAAUGAUUCUGUUGUCUCAGAUUUGAAACCUGUAUAA